UCAGGAGAUCGCCCGAAGAGGCUUAGUGCAGUUCGACAGUAGGUACAUCAGUAUACAGUACCAUGUUUCUUGGGCUUCAGGUUCCAUAUUCCCGGUCCUCACUUCCAAUAUGCCCCUUCCACCCCUUUUCAUUGUUUUUGCACUUUCUGUUGUCACUUGGUGAGAUCACAGUGCUCACCAAGCUGAAUUGGAACAGCAGAUUGAUCGCAGACCCAAUUCGGCUUGGGAUCACACGAACACGAUAUGGCUCUGCGUCUGCAUCCUCGAGGAGGAUGCGACAAGCCUCUUUCAUGCCACAACGAAAAGAGAGAAAGAUAUCUCAAGGGUAUAUAUAACCGGUAGAGCUCACUCAGUGCACCUGUGACGUGAAAAGCGAUUGAGUUUGGACUAUCAAUGCGUCCCCUGUGCAAAUGACCGCAUUGUUUGGGUCGAAGGUCGUAUCCACGUCCGAAUACAACAAAACAUCUGCUUGCCACAGGUGGCACUGCAAGACCACAGUGAGUUGUCCUUUCACUAUCUACACCUUUGUAUU